CGCCCGCACGCGUCCGCAGCACCUUCACAAUGGCCGGCCUCACGUCCUUCGUCUACAACACCGUAUUCCGGAGCAACGUCACCAUGCUCACCACCGUCUUCGCCUCCGCCUUCGCCAUGCAACUGGCGUUUGACACCGGCUCCGACCGCAUCUGGGACAGCAUCAACCGCGGCCGGCAAUGGAAGGACGUCAAGGUCCGAUACGUACAGAAGGCCGAAGACGAUGACGACGAGUAAGGCGCGGAACAUCAUAAGGGAUAUUGAGCGGUUUUGAAGGUUCUCCAGCAGUUUCCGAGGCUAGACACUGUACAAAUGUGUAUGUUACAGCGCGAAAAUCAGCACCCAAUGCACCAGU